GGUGAAGGUCGCUUGGGCUAUAGCCCGACGAGUUUCAGCUGUUCCUGAUCUGUAAUCCGUAAGCCGGGUUUAGUUCGAAUCGGCAUGUCUGAUCAGAAAGUGUGUUCCUGGCUGCUGCAGCCGGUGCUGCUAUUAAUCUGCCUGGGACUAUUUCCCGCUGAGGUUAUCACUAAUUCUAUACCAAAUCCCUGCCAGAAUGGUCAGGUCUAUGCCAAUGGCGCUUGCAGUCCGGUUAUUGUGAAUGUAUAUAAUGGCUAUUGUGGUGGUCAGACAGGGAUUCCUUGCAAUUCUGGCAAUCCUGUGGUUGUUACUGGUACUCCUGGAUGUCCCAACGCUCCUGUGCCUCCAACAGUGGAUCCAGCUAAGCCACUCUGUCCAAAUACGCCCUUAAACCCCAUAGUGGAUCCAGUGAAGCCGCUGUGUCCAAACACUCCCUUAAAUCCUAUUGUGGAUCCCAGUUCUCCUCAAAAACCUGCAGAGAAUCCGUCUACUCCUACUUCUCCCAAUACACCUUUAAACCCUAUAGUUGAUCCGGUUAAUCCGCUGUGUCCCAAUACCCCUUUGAAACCCAUAGUGGUUCCGGCUACUCCUGCUUGUCCCAAUGCUCCUCUAAAUCCCAUAGUGGUUCCUGCUACUCCUCCUUGUCCCAAUGCACCUCUAAAUCCCAUAGUGGUUCCCGGUACUCCAACUGGUUGUCCACCUUCAAGUAAUUGCAAUCAAACCACGGAGUGUCCCAAUAAUUGUCCCAAUUCGUGCAAUACUAAUUGCCCCUCAAACUGUCCUAAUCCAGCUCCUUGCCCGACUUCUCCACCAAUUAUCACUCCUGUUACAACACCUGCCCCUGAAACCCCACCCGCCCCUCAACCAACUCCGUCACCCUAUCCACCACCCACAUCCUCACCAAUUACCACACUUCGCCCUGAACCAAUCCCAGUCCCUACUCCCCCACCGGCUCCAAUAAUCCGCUGUCCGCAAGGAACAAUCCUGGUCAAAGGUGCCUGCCGCCUACUCUAUUGUGGAAGAUAUGAAAUAUACAACGAAGGACGCUGCAUUAAGGCUCGUUGUCCUGCAGGAUAUGUUUGGACGGGAAUCAGGUGCUCUAAGCCCAGCCCCAUUGAUGUCGGCACCAUUUACAUAGAGAACAAUGCCUACCAGAAAUCUGGAGGUCUGCCCCAAACUUUCACCAAUGUCAACAAUGUCGAGGUCAAUGCCUCCAUUGCAAUCCAAGGACAAACUUCCGAGGAAGAGGAGGAGGAGGAGGAAGAGAAAGUGGUAGUCGCACCGCAGCUGCCUUCAGGACCCUGCUGCAAUGUGGUGGCACCAAGGAUUUGCACCAGCCCAGUCGAUCAGUUUGCCUACAAGUGCUUCAGCAGGACUCAGCAGCAGUGUGGAUCCUUCUGCAGUGCUAACAAAGUGGUCCUUGCCCCGCCAUCAGUAACUACCUGGACCCAGGCUAACAACCAGAUGUUGGUCAUGCCACCUAAUUGGGUGGGUCAGGGUUGUCAAUCCAACGGAGGCAUCUGCCAGCAGGCUUCGAACUACGACUGUAGCGGCUGUGCGAUGGGUGACUUUUCCACCUGCUCCUCGUACUGUUACUCCUACAAGUGCAGCAGCCACAACUGCGCCUAUUAUGACCAGAGUCAGUACUGCUCCCAGUUUCCUGGUCAAAUCGGCUGCCGAGCGGAUGAUGGAUGGUUCCCAUCUUCGUAAAAUUAAACUAUUAAAUAGUAAACCAAACCAAAUUUGGUUAAACCAAGUCAUUGCUUUGUGACUUAAGUAAUAUUUUUUGGAAAAUAAAUGUUAUUUUAUAUGAAAA